UCCAGGUGAGGAGCAGUGUAGAAUGUCUGUGGUAGGCAGCUGGGGAAAGCCAGCACAGGCUUCCUUCUCUCUCCCCCUGCCCAGAGCCGGCGGGGAGUAUAGGGGUUGAGGGUCUGUGUUUGUGGCCCGAACCCUCUUCCCGUCGGGGUUAGAGUGCUCCCGGAGGGAGGUGAGAGCGGCCGGAGCUCGGGAAUUGCAGGUGGAUUAAAGCUGGAGGCAGAGCUCGGAGCGUGGAGCACUGACUGGUUGUUUCUGAUGGUAUUUGAUGCACAUUGAGGAUUGAAUGAGCCAAUGGUCUGUGCAUCAGUUACCUGGACUGAUCAUCGCUUUGAUAAUGAGAGCAUCCUUUCGAUCUUGGGAUCAAACAAUGAUGUAGUCAAACAUGUGCCAGUGCUUUGAUCACAGAUGCCAAAUUGGUUGUCCUUUCCAACUCUGACACAGAAGUCUCCAAGGAGGAUAAUUUUACAUUGUCCAUGGUGGAGUAGACACCUUCUUUGCACUCACCUUUGGCAUCAAUGGUUGGAGCAUAGACACUCAUCACCUGAAGUUUUGUGAUUCUAUUUGUGAAUGCACAUCUUUAGGCUACUAAAUUGAAACUAGAUUCUUGGAUUAACAAAUUGAACACUGCCAUUUAAAGUCCACACCAAUUUCCGCUCUGCAAUAUAAGAUAAGCACAGCAUGCCUCGAAGUCCAACCACAAGUGAAGAUGAGAUGGCACAGAGCAUUUCUGAUUAUUCUGUUGAAUCUGAAUCUGACAGCUCCAAAGAAGAAACAAUCUAUGACACCAUCAGGGCAACAGCCGUGAAGCCUAUCAGCAAGAUGGAUGACAUCCAGAGCGAUACAUUGGUCAUCAGAAUCAUCAUUCCUGACCUGCAGCAGACGAAAUGUAUGCGCUUUAACCCUGAUGCCACGGUGUGGGUUGCUAAACAACGGAUCCUGUGCACCUUGAACUACAGUCUGAAGGAUGUGUUGAAUUAUGGGCUGUUCCAACCAGCGAGCAAUGGAAGGGACGGUAAAUUUUUGGACGAGGAGCGGCUGCUCAAAGAAUAUCCUCAGUCCAACAACAAAGGAGUUCCCUCUCUGGAGUUUUGCUACAAGAAGCGGGUUUACAAACAAGCUAACAUCGAUGAGAAACAAGUUUCAAAACUCCACACAAAGGCUAACCUUCGAAAAUUUAUGGAUUACGUUCAACAUCGGGCGCUUGAGAAAAUUGUUAAGAUGCUGGAUCGAGGUCUUGAUCCUAACUAUUAUGACUCGGAGAGUGGCGAAACUCCGUUGACACUAGCAGCUCAGCUGGAAGUCCCAGUGGAAGUGAUCAAAGCUUUGAGGAAUGGUGGUGCUCACCUGGAUUUCAGAGCGAAAGAUGGAGUAACACCUCUACACAAAGCUGCAAGGGCCAAGAACCAAACUGCACUUAUGACUCUGCUGGAACUUGGAGCUUCGACUGAUUACAAGGACAGUCGUGGCCUGACAGCUCUAUAUCACACGGUGAUGGUUGGAGGAGACCCCUACUGCUGUGAACUGCUGCUUUAUGAGCAUGCUUCCAUUGGCUGUAAAGAUGAAAAUGGGUGGCAAGAAAUCCAUCAGGCAUGUCGUUAUGGCCAUGUUCAACAUCUGGAACACCUGCUGUUUUAUGGGGCUGAUAUGGGAGCACAGAAUGCUUCAGGCAAUACAGCACUCCAUGUCUGUGCCCUUUACAAUCAGAUUGCAAUGGAAACUGACAGUGUCAAUGAAAAGUGACUGUGUCAAUGAAAAGAUGGAGAUUCCUGUUCAACAUGAUCCAUUUUUAGACAUUCAGCCACAAA